AUGUCUCCGGCUUCUUCUCCACCUCCGCCUCCCCGGGGAAACCCGCGUCGUCGCCCCUGCGGGGCGUCUCGAGGAAGUUCUCUGAUGGUCUACUGGCGGGCCCAUCACAUGCUCGCAGGAGGACCUGAAGGAAGCAGGCCGCCGCCACUUUCGUCUCAUUUCACAUCCACAGGUAUCUAG